ACAGCAGGAGAGACUAAAAACUACUGCUAAGAACCACAGAGACUCAAGAUUUUUUUUUUUAUUUUAGUCAACAACCUCUGUGUCCCAAGGCAUAUCUUUUCUUUGACCAAUGUGAAAUCAAGAUUUCUGAACUCAUGGACUGACACUCUGGAUUAAAAAGUGGACUGAUUUUUUGUGAGGAACAUGAAAUUAAUCUGCUGUUAUUUGGCAUUAUGUCAGUAGAGUAAUUGCAAUUGCCACAGAUAUUUCUCCACAGGUUUACAUCAAAGAAAGUUCAACAUUUUGUUCAUCAGGCCACAAAUUUCUCCAGCAGAAAUGGUGAAAUGCCACUUUGCUCUUUUAGUUGUCAUCAGCCUUUUUGUGUGUCAGUGCCAUGGGGGCUGUGCGGAGGUGGACUCCCUGACUGAAGCCGUGGCAGGAGAAGGUUUCUUGCUGGGCUGCAUCUCCUGUAAAAGAAGAGAGGAGGUCUCUGCCCGAGCCGUGGUUGACUGGCACUUCAAACCACUUGGAGAGGAGGAGUUCAGGCAUAUUUUCCACUACGACCACCCCAGUGCUGAGAUCCUGGAUGAGGAUUUCAGCAACCGCCUGGAGUGGCAUGGGACGCAAAACAGCGAUAUUCAGACAGGAGCCAUUUAUAUGCUUAAUGUCACCUUCAAUGACACAGGAACGUACCGCUGCACCUUUCAUCGCACCCUCUUCCUGGCGCUGUCUGAUGAGCUUGUCACUGUGGAGAAGGACGUGGAGCUCAGCGUGGUGGCUGUAGCCAAUCGGGAGAUGGCAGCAGUGAUCUCAGAGAUAAUGAUGUAUGUGCUGAUCGUGGUUCUGCAGCUGUGGCUCAUUGUGGUUCUGGUCUACUGUUACAAGAAGAUUUCGGAUGAGCACGAGCGUCGAGAGGCCCGUAAUGCCCUCAAGGCUCAGGCAGCACUGUUAGAAUCAAAAGACAACUGUGACGGCGUUCAGCUAGAGUAACAUUACCAGUAGAAAGAUCAUCUCUGCAAGAGUGAAGCUUCAUCACUGCACCAUGAUUUUGCUGACAAUGACACAAUUACUGUAUGAGAGGGGGAUUGUUAAGUGCCUUGGUUGCACUCAAACAUUCUAAAGUUUGUGGAUUUUUUUACUCAAGGACUAAAGGUUUCACUGUAGGGAAUCCAGUGAAUGAUUAAUAAAUAAUACAGCCCAGGACGUUUGUAACAACUAAUGGCCUCUUACAUCUCUUUUGACCAAACAACAACUGCUGAAAUACCCCCCCAAAAAUCUUUGCUCUGAUUUUACUAUAAUUUGAAAACUCUCAGUAACAAACAAGGCCUCUAAGUGUUUAAUUUUGACAGAUGCAAAAAAAAAUGUCUCUUAACCAAACUUUGCUGUGCCUGCCAAUCCCACCACAGAAUACCAGUACAGAAAUAUAUAUCUGCAUACAUUUCUUUCUUAAACACCGCUGUAUUGCAGGUUUCAGGAAGCACACCCACACUACAACUGUGAGUUAAAGGACAUUUAGAGGGGAUUGUGUUGUAACUCAAUCUAGUCUGAGCUGCGCUGCAGACUGUCCAAACUAACUCCGGUCUGAAAGCAGCUUUGUUCUCUGGCGUCAGCCAAGCACCGUCCCCAGAAAUAACCACACACUCCUGCUCCUACUGUAGAAUGUGAAUAUUAGAGAUGUUUUUAAUGCAUAGAACAGCACUACUAACAACAUUCCACAAAAUGGAAUUAAACAUCAGUCUUGAUCACCAGAGGUGAAUGAACCACAAAGGAUGAUGGUCCUCUAAGCAGGUGAGAAUCUUUAAAUAAUUCUUUUUUUUGUCCCUGAUGGCUAGACUUUGCCACAUUCUGUUAGAACAUAAAUAUAUUCAACGUAUUUUUACUAGAUUAACACUGCUUGAAUGAGGCCUGAUGUAAAGACAACACCUUAGCUCAGUAAACUGUUCAUUGGAGCUGAUUAUAGCACAGUGGUUUAAGCCACACCACUGCCUCACCACACUGAGCUUUUGACCUUGCCCUGUGACCUCUCCAUUUCAUUAAACGUGUUGACAUGUUGAACAUGCUGCGUAUCUCUUUCACGUAAAAGCAUCGAAGGAGGGCCCAUUAUGUGACCAAGAGCACAGGGUUUGGGAAAUUUGUUGUGCUUCUAGUCCUGCUGGAGAAAGGUGACUUGAAAUGACUGAUGUUUGCUGAUGCCACUUACAGCAGGAACUGAUUCUGGACCCUUGAAAGGUAAUGCUUUUCUUUCCACUGAACCAAGCUGGGAAAAUGGUGUAGAUAUUUGUCAGAAUUAAUUUUUUUCAUUUCACUUUCACUCUCAUGAAACUAUUGCUAACUCUGAAAGGUUGGUCAAAAAAAGUGGUUCAGAAUUCAAGCUAAUGAUUGUUGGAUGGGAAUCAGAGAAUACAUUUCCAGUGUUUAAUAUGGACAUAUGACCACCAACUAAAGUGUCAUUAUAAAUUCUCUAAGAAAUUGAGUAUUCUGAACUUUCUUUUUAAUGCUUCCUUCUCCUGGAUGACUUUUAUUCAAAAUCACCAUGAGAUGUGGGCCAUUUUCUCAAAAGUCUCCCACUUAGCUUCUCCAUGUUGUUUUCUAAUGUUCUAAUAUAAACUUACCCUAUCCAAAGUGGAUUUUAAGGGAGAACAUGUAAAAUCUACUACCAAUCUGUGAGUUAAGUCAUAUACAACUCAGAAAUCAUGUUUUUCUUUUUUUGUCUUGGGUGUUGUAAGUGGGUUAAGAUGGAUUGUUUACAUUUGAAUCACACUAAAUAAAACAACAGUGAAAUAAAGUAUA